AUGGUGAAGUCUGUUAUGUGUGCAGUGGUGCUCGUGGCACUCGUUCUCAUAGGGGUGGGACGUGUGGCUGAGGCUGUAAAUUGCGUCGCAACAGAGUUGACUCCAUGUCUUCCAGCAAUCACUUCCAAAGAUCGACCCACAGAUGCUUGCUGUAAGAAGCUGAAGGAGCAGAAGCCAUGCUUAUGUGGUUACGUCAAAAACCCUGCUCUUAGGCAGUAUGUUAACUCUCCUCGUGCCAGAGAGGUCGUUACUACUUGUGGGGUUGCCUACCCAACUUGCUGA